GAUUUUUUUAAGCAUUGUAAUAGUCUUGACUUGUACAAUAAAAGUGCAAUAAGGAAGGAGCAGAAGAGGGUACAGAGGUUUCCCCAUGUGUCUGUCUAUCCGAACCACCAGGGGGGACUAAUUCCUCAUCUAUAUCUUUACUGCAGCAAGUGUCUGAAAAAAAACACCUAUGCUUGAACCACGUCUAGAAAGUCACUGAGUUCAGCAGAGAGGUUGUCUUCGUUUAUAUUAAGAGAGCUUUUAUCUAAAAUCUUGUAAAUUUGCAGUAAUCUUUCCAGUCUGUACAGCAAUGCCAGCACAAGUCUGGCCACAGAGGGACGCACGUUCCACUGCGUAAUCGUAUCUAUCGGUAGGGUACGGUCAGUGUCAUCUCAUGACUUCUCCAGACUGGCCUGUGCUCUCAUGACUUCUCCAGACUUGUGCUAAAUCUAUUGGACUGACAGAAGACUCAGCAGAGAGCCUGGCUUGGCUUCUUACUGCUUAAACCCAGUCCAUACCAGUGACCAUGGCUUUGUGAUUGAAAGGAAUAUUUUUUUGACUGUAUGUGCACAAGGCAUCUCUUCUUUAGUGGCUGCUUAAUCACUCCUUUGUGGCUGUCUCACUACUCCAUUUCUUUUUUCCAGCUAUUACAGCCUUCCUGAUUUAUUUCAACUUCACUGCAUAUUUUACUAUUUUUAAGCAAGAUUUGGCCAUCUUGAAAAAAAACCUGUGUUAUUGCUAUGAUCACAAAGGAUUAAUAUGUUUUAUAGUAUCCUGUUAAACAACAAAAAUCUGCAUGUGAAGUAUGUACUCUGGAGAUCUGUCAGGAAAGUUGUAUAAUUUUGAAUUUCUACUUAAAAGCUGAAUGCUAUAAGUUCCUUUUAAUUUUGAACUCUGUCAGGCUACUGGGAUUCUUCUUGUGGUCUAUAGAAAGAUUUGGAAAUACUGAGGAGAAUUCUCUAGCCACAUUAAUUUUUCAAUUUUUUAUUUUGUGAAUUAUUACAUGUAUGAACUCAUUAGUUGCUGCUUUCAGGCACUUGUAAUUGAAUUCUCACCUUCCUUAACUAGUCUGGGAACUCUGCCCAUCUUCUGGGUGCAAUCAUUCAUAGUUUUGUGCGUGUCAUUAUUCUGAAAUUAUCUUUUGUGUUACAUGCUCAGACUUCUGAAAACCAAUUUCCUAAUAUUUUACUAUUUUAUGUUUUUAAUAUGUAAAAUAUUACUCUGGUUACGCAGAAUUUGUGAGAAUAAAAGCUUUUAGACACUGUGAUGGGAAGUGGGAAGAGUCAGAACAAUUGAUUAAGUUAUAUUUGUUGUAAUUUUUAUUGAGUUUCCUGCUUAACACAAACUCAAAUACCUGUGUAUUUUAUAUACUGCUUCUUUUUUAAAAAAAAACCCUAGACAACUCCUGAUCUAAGAGGAACCUGCAGAUAUACAUACAAAUCAAAAAGGUAGCUUGUGAGAAAUAAUUUAAUUUCUGUAAGUCAUUCUCCCAUAAAUUCAGUAGGUUUCUAUAUUUUAUUAUAGUGAGAAAGAAAAUUUAAUUGUUUCCUGUCAGUUAGAUGGUGAUUGUACUCUCUUGAUGAGGUAUUAGCCUUUAUUUGAUCUGUUUCUGUAGCUGGGACUAGCAGUGUUGCCAAGUUUGUGCAGUAAGUGCUGACCCAGUUUGGUCAACCUAAUUGAUAUAACAGAUACAGGCAAAAUAUAUUAUUCUUUGUGUAAUGCACUAACAGACAGAAAUAAGGGGAUGUAUCUAAAGUGCUUUAAGAGUUUUUGUUUCGGUGUCUCAAACUUGAGUAUCAAAAUCUGCAACCUGGAACGUUUUCAGCAUCCCAGGAUAAAAUCAGGUUGUAACCUAUCUUCAGUUCUGACAGGUAGAUUCUGUGUUCUUAUUUGAAACAUCCCAAUCCAAAUUUGACUGCUUUUGUUAGUAAUUGACUAAUAUUCGGGGUCCACCUCGACCCAGCCUUUGCAUGGCUCUGAGCUGUUGGGCAAACCAUACAGUGCUGCUUCUCCAACAGAGACUGUGGGGAAGUCUGGGAGAAGGUCGCAGAGAGACUCUGGUAGGCAGUUGUGGGAAUUAUCAGUUGUAAUUUUAUGGAUUUUUAAGUUUUCUCUCCCUAGGAAAAAUAACUGUGAUAGAUACAGCUUUGAAGGUAGUAGCUGUCGUCAUGCAGGACAUCAGUGGUUCUACUCAAUAACAUGUCAGAUGGUUGUGUUCAACUCCAUUUGGAAAUAUAUCAUCUAAUUACAAAUUUCUAGUGUGUUCUUAAAGCACGGUGAGCUUUGUGAGAAAUUAUUAUGAAAGCUUGUGAGAGUUACUGACUACAUAUUGGUAAAAGAGUGGUCUUGGUUUUCAUCAAUUUUUCUUUUCUUUAAUAGGUACAGGAAACUCUGUGUUUGAAUUUAUGCCUUUAAAAAUGUUACACCUGAUGACUCAACUAUACUUGCCCUUUACAUACUUCUGAGUUUUAUUCUUUUAGAUACUGAGCAAAACAAAGUGAUUAUGUUUGGACUUAUUUUUUUCACUUUAUUCACCUCUGGAGUUGGUGAAUUUCUUUGUACGUCAUCAGAUCUUGAAAUGUCGUAUACUUUUUGUGAUUCUACAGCUCAUACUUUCGUGUUUAAUUUGACACCUUGCAGCAUCAUGAAAACAAAGGUCUGGAAGGCUACUCUUUACUGGAUUCCAAGAAGUGACAUCACCUUUUUGAAGAUUGUCUUCCAUGUCUGGCGCAACGGUGAAAGAGCGUUUAACUGGAAGCAUCUCCUGUGCAGUGGAGCUGACGAUGAAUACUCAUUGUGUGAAAUGCUGAAAGGAGAAACACUUGUAGAAGAAUUUGACAUUAAAGGUUUAAGAAUACAAUUUCUAAAGGGCAAUUAUAAUAUUAUUAUACAAGGAUUCUCUGAUGAUUCUGAGAAUAAUAUGGUCAUAUGCUUGAAUUUCACCAUGAUAGUAAAACAAGAUGUUUACUGAGUGCGACAAACUUUUCAAAUAAUUCAAGAACACUGAGGUAACUUCUGCAAGCAACUGGAAUCCAAGCUGCAAAGUAAUAAGCAAACUAAAUUUCCUGAGGUAGAAUACAUCUUGUGCUGUCUGGAAAACUAUAUGAUAUAUAAUCUUACUCGUUUAUAGAACUACUGUAAUCAGAUGCUCAGCCAACAUGCACAAAAUCUCCGGGUAUCGGGCAUUCUGAUUGAUCCACAGAAUAACCCUGACUGGAUGGCAGGCUGAGGACUGCAUUUUGGUGCUGUGCCUUGAGUUAUGAUAAAGUCAAGUUCUUCAGACGGAGCUAAACUAAUCAUGAAGUUUGGAAGUUUUGAAGUGCAAGAAUCAGAAGUUCAUCAGUACUCAAUUUAAAACACAGCAAUUGCAUUUUGGAACCCUGCCAUAAGUUGUUGGGUUUUUUCCUUUUAACAAUAAAACUUUUUUGUACAAUCAA